CUUUCUCGUAUAUUCUCAUAUCACAAAUCUCCAAAAGGAAACGAAGUUAAAAAGGAAAGAGAAGUCGCAAAAAUCCAGGGCUUAGAGAAACAAGGAGAAUUGUUGAUUCGAUGCCUAUAGGUGAGAGCAACUUCUACUCAUUACGUACUCUGAUUCCUUGAUCUCUCUGGAACCCAACUUCAUAUUCGAUUCAUUCAGCAGUGGUUUGGUUUGAUCCCAAAAGGCUUAGUUCCCAGAUUGGUUUCAUUGCACAUUUUGGGUGGUGGGUUGAACAAAUUUCACAUCUUUUUGAGUUUGGAGAGCCAAUCAGUAGGAAGAAGUGGUGUUUGUAAAGUUGUGCAGUGCACAUUUUAGGUGGUGGGUUCAGUAAAUUUCACAUCUUGUUGAGGCAUUUGAUCUGGGAAAUCUCAAAAGUCUUGAACUUUUUGAGUUUGAUUCAGUUUUCUGAGAAACCCCCUUUGGUUUUUGAAGUUUGAAGAGCCAAUCAGUAGGAAAAAUUGAUGUUUGUCAAGUUGUGGAGUGCACAUUUUUGGUGCUGGAUUGAGUAAAUCUAUAAAUUUGAUCAUCAUCAAGGUGUUUGAUCUGGGAUAUCUUGAAACGCCUUGAACUUUUUUGUUUGAUUAUUUGUUCAAGAUAUUGGGUUCUGAGAAAGCCCUUUGAUUUUUGAAGUUUGCAGAGGUAGUUAGUAGGAUUGAGGUUGCAGCAUAUUCAGGAAGACUGAGAAGUUAUAACAAGAGCUGGUUGAGAUGGGUAGGCCAUUGGUUUUUGAGAUCUUGGAAAAACCAGUUACAAGUUGCUUUAUAGGAAUAUGCAGUGCAAUUUGGUUUUACAUUCAGAAGAAAAAUAUUGGGUAUUCACAUGUGGGCUUGAGUUACGAAACUGCCAUUGCAGGGCACCAUUGGAGGAUUAUAACUUCAGCUUUUUCCCAUAUAAGUGUUCUUCAUCUUGUUUUCAAUAUGAGCGCACUUUGGAGUCUUGGGGUAGUCGAAAACUUGGGCUCUAUAGGGCUUGGUGUGGAGUAUUAUCUGCAUUACACUCUCGUCUUGGUUGUAUUGUCUGGGGUGCUGGUUUUGGGAAUAUAUCAUAUCUUGAUACAGAAAUUCAAGCUGGAGUAUUUUCGGAGAGUGACGGCUGUUGGGUAUUCUUGUGUUGUUUUUGGGUGGAUGACGAUUCUUUCUGUGAAGCAACCGACGUCCAAGUUGCACCUGUUUGGAUUGCUUUCGCUUCCCAUUAGUUUUGCACCUUUUGAGUCUCUUAUUUUUACUUCAAUCAUUGUUCCACAAGCAAGUUUUAUAGGCCAUUUAUCUGGAAUCAUUGUGGGAUAUGCUAUUGCAUGGGGUUUAAUUCACGGGAUGAACAAUUACUGGGCAGUUUCCAUGUUAGGAUGGAUUGUGCUGGUUUGCGCCUUCAGUUUAAAGCGAUCUGGUGCCUAUGAUUUCAGUUUUCUUGAGAUUGAGUCCGUUGCUGAUUCUUCUUUGCCCUCUGUACGGUUUAUUGCAUCAGGAAAUGGUAGAACAUUGCAAAUGAGUGCAUUGCCAGCUGCAGGUGUUGAGCUUGUAUAAUAUAUGUGGAGAUGCAGGCUUGACUCAGGGUCCAGUUACUUCAUAAUUUCGUUUCACCAAUCUUUACAGUGAUACUUGAAAAUUGCCAGAGAUAACGGUCUUUGGUGAUAUGAGCUCCCA